UACUUAAUCCAACAAAAAUCAUCAACAUUUAACAGGUAAAUGCCAAGUUUGGUCUCUGGGUUUACUAAAACGUGUCAUGUUUAGUUACUGGAAAAAGUUAAUAUCAAUUUUGGUCACUCGAAUUAGUAAAACGGUCCAUGUUUAGUCACUCUCCGUUAGCUUUAUCUGAUGUGCCAGAUUUGUCAUAUUGAAUAGUUUGAAUAGUUUGGGCUUCCUAGUGGAAUUAGCCCUUAAUUUUUUAAUUAUCAUGUCAAAUAUUUAACGGUCAACUGUUAGGGUUGACUGCCACAUCAGAUAAAGUUAACGGAGAGUGACUAAAUGUGGACCGUUUUACUAAUUCGAGUGAUCAAAAUUAAUAUUAACUUUCUUCAGUGACUAAACGUGAUACAUUUUAGUAAACCCAGUGGCCAAACUUGGUAUUUACCCACAUUUAACUUUCAAAUUUAAGAACAAUUCAAAAUCAAAAUUUUUUUUUGAAAUUAAUCAAAACGACUUCGUAUUGUUUAAUGUCAAAAAUUAAUCAUACUAAUGAUAUGGGAAGCAUUCCAAUUCGUUUUGUGACUAGUACGAGAUGACUCUAGAUGUACCGGUCAACAUGUCACAAGCAUGGCCACCUGGCGGAGAAUAUGAUAUUUGUGGGUUAAUUCCCUACAUAUUGUUUUUUUUAAUUUACCACAAAUAUAGUGUUUUGAAAACUAUUUACAAGAAUAUUGUGUUUUUUUAUAUGUUUAAAGCGCUAAAGCCUUAGACUCAGGCGCCGCCGCUGGAUGCUUUUUAAACAAAAAAACACAGCGGCGCCGCCCCAGACUGGGGCUUUGUCGCUUUUAAGAAGGUAAAAGCGUCGGCGCCCCAGACUGGGGCUUUGUCGCUGCCAUUUUUUUCCACUCCAGCACCACCCAUCACCAUAUAUACUGCACCUUUCCUUCGGUUCUUCAUCACCAAAAAACUGAAAGAAGUUCUGAAAGAAGCUCUGGUGUUGCUGUCUGGUUGCUAGGAAGAUGGCUAAUAACAGGUAAGAGUCGUAUUUAUUUUUUUCAUGUAUUCAUCAUAAUGAUUUUUUCUAGUUAGUAAUUAGUGAGUUUGUUUUUUAUGUAGUGGUUUUAGAAGAUUUGAACUAGCUGUUCGGUGGCGAUCAGAGAAAGUAGAAGACAAUUUGGGUGUCCAUUUUGUUGGUGGUCUAAGUUUCCAGAUGACUAUUCCAUCCAGGGUGAACUAUCAGAAACUUUGUGAUCAUCUAAUUCGGAGAAUACAGAUUAGAGACGAAACAGUACAAGAUAGUGUUGUGAUUACAGGUUUCACCUACUGUCUUCCAGAAUGGCAGAAUGGUGUUUUAUUUCAUUAUGCAAUGCCUAUUGUCGAUGAUGAUUGCUUAAAUGUGCUUUGGAAUUUUAUGGCACAAAAUCCUUAUUGUUUGGGUGCUGAGAUACAUGCUGAGCUCAGUGAGGAUCGGGGUGGAGAGGAAGACGAUGAUGAUGGUGAUGACACAUGGAGCAUGCCAUCCGAUCAUGAUUAUGAUGACGGUGAUGAUGGAGAUGAGGAAGACGAUGAUGAUGAGGAGGAGGAGGAGGACGACGACGACGACGACGAUGACAAUGACGGGGAGGGAGGAGAACAACCUAAUUAUCCUCCAUAUUUUUACUUGCAGGGUAAUGAAGAGGACGAGGAAUUAUCAUAUGCCGAUUCAUAUGGCGUAAUUCCAGGGUCUACUGUUGGUGGUUUUGAUGGAGAAUUCUACAAGGGGCAAAUAUUUCACUCGAAACAAGCUGCACAGGUGGCGAUUAAACACUAUGCACUACAACGCAACUUUCAGUAUAACGUGGUGGAGUCGUCACCUUCAAUAUGGAAGAUCAGAUGUUUGAUGCACGAGGACAAAUGUCCUUGGAUGGUGCGGUUUGGAUGUCGAGAUGUGGGAGGCUUGGAGCGUGAGAAAGGUCGAGUUGAUGCAUACUUGUAGCAGUACGACUCAACCGACGGAUCAUCGCCAUCUUGAUGUCGACGUGAUAUCUGAGGCCGUCAAACACUUGGUACGUGCCCAACCAAAUCUGAGUGUUCUAACUGUUCAGGCCGAGUUGAAAGAUAAGUUUAAUAUGCAAGUUACUUACAAGAAGGCUUGGUAUGGGAAACAAAGAGCAUUGGAGAAGUUGCAUGGAAAUUGGGAAGAAUCCUAUGAUUUUUUGCAAACAUUCUUGCGGGUGGUCAAGAGAAAAAUGCCAACAUCGGUGAUUGAUUGGGUAAGAGUUCCUUCGACUCAACCAGGUCAUUCAAUAUUUCAGCGAGUAUUCUGGGCUUAUGGUUGUUAUGGUUGUUGAUGGAACAUUUCUUACUGGGAAGUAUAAAGGAGUGCUACUCAU